AUGCCGAAGAACAAGGGAAAGGGAGGAAAGAACAGGAAGAGAGGAAAGAACGAAGCCGAUGAUGAGAAGCGUGAGCUCAUCUUUAAGGAAGACGGGCAAGAAUACGCACAAGUUCUUCGUAUGCUUGGCAAUGGCAGAUGUGAAGCAAAUUGUAUCGACGGGACUAAACGUCUCUGCCAUAUCCGUGGCAAGAUGCACAAGAAGGUCUGGAUUGCAGCCGGUGACAUUGUACUCGUUGGACUGAGGGACUACCAAGAUGACAAAGCUGAUGUCAUCCUCAAGUACAUGUCUGACGAGGCGAGGCUUCUCAAGGCGUAUGGUGAGCUUCCUGAGAAUACACGUCUUAACGAAGGAAUCGUUGGUGAUCUUGAUGAAGAUGAUGAUAAUGGUGCUGAUGAUUACAUUGAGUUUGAGGACGAGGAUAUUGAUAGAAUCUAA